CGGAGCUCCUUCCAGAAGGACUCGAUCCUUUGAAAAAGCUGGACAAGCUUACAUUUGCUCUGCAGUUUCUGUGAAGAUUUCGACAAAUCAUGUUGAGAAGAAGCAUUCGACUCCAGUCAUUGGGCUAUUACAACUCAGCCGGACUGCCGACCAUCUGCUACAGAGAAUCUCCAUACAAAAUCUUCAGAAAGCGAAGAAAAACUAGAUGUGCCAACUCAAAUGCAGAAAUCGUUCCUCAGAUGGAGACGAACUUGGGCUUAGACACUGACUCAGACUCAGGGACCAUCGUUUACUCUGAGUUUGACUUGGAGACGAAUGCAGACACCAUCCCAUACACGGACUUUCCCUUAGAGAUCGACAACAUCACACACACAGAUGUAUGCUCGGACUCAGACGCAGAAACCGUCACAUACACAGUGUUAGACACGGACUCAGACACAGAAACCAUCACAAACAUAGACUUUGACGUAGAUUCAGACACAGAACCCAUCCAUCACACAUGCUUGAACACAAACACUGAAGUAGGAACGAUAGCAGAAGAAGAAUCCCACUUUGAAAACAAAGAGAUGGCCAAGGGAAGUACACUGUUCCCCAAAAAGAAAUUCAAGGAGAACAUUAGCUUGUUCUUCGUCGCAUGCCUCGUCGUUUUUGUUCUGGCUUACCCAAUUUAUGCCAUGAGCUUUCCACCAGAAGAGUUUCCUGCAUCCCCUUUUGCAGAGGACAUUGGAAGAUAAUGUAUCCAAUAGAGCUGAUGAAGACUGACGGGCUCAAUGACGACAAAUGACUACUGAAUUAGCAUCAGCAUCACCGGAUGGGAUACUGCGUUCAGCGAAUAUCACUGAAAUCACACCUCAAUUUUCUCUGUCGUUCGUGAUUUCUCUCUAACUGUGUGUCUGUGUUUUAAGGUCCAAAUCAGAUCCACACACAGGACAGAGCUAUGGAUAGGUAAGUAUGGAGGCAAGUACGCUUGCACGAGUUCAAUCAAGCUAAAAACUCACAACUUAUACCUACCUAUCUAUACCUAAAGAUCUAUCUAUACAUAGAUAGAUCUAUCUCCCUCCACUUGUCCUUCCCUUCCUUCACCCAUUCCUCUCUUCCUCCCUUCAUCUCUCCCCUCCCUUCCCCCUUCCUCCCUUUAUCUCUAGCUUCAUUUCUCCAUCCAUCUGUCUCUCCCUCUACCCUAUCCUCCUUUCAUCUCUCCCUCCAUCUCUACCUCCCUCUGCCCACUCCUCUUUUCCUCCCUCCUUUCAGCUCUCCCUCCCUCUAUUCUUUCCUCCCUUCCUCCUUCCCUUCAUCUCUCCCUCCCUCUACCCACUCCUCUUUUCCUCCCUCCCUGCAUUCUUCCCUUUAUAUCCCCCUCCCUCCACCCAUUCCACUCUUCCUCCUUCCCUCCCUUGCCCACUUCCUCCCUCCCUUCAUAUCUCCUUUCAUCCCUCCCUCAGUUUACCCCUUCCUCCCUUCAUCUCUCCCUCCCUUUACUCCUUCUUCCCUCCCUUCAUGUCUCCCUCAAUCUGUCCCUCCUCUGUUCCUCCCUCCCUCCCUUAAUCUUUCCCUUGAUUUCUCCCUCCCU